UGUGCGAGCAGGCAAUUCAGUAACACAAAUGCGCUCGAACGUGCGCUGGAACGAGAGAAGCGGCAACCAUUGACGAUUCGGACAAUUUGCCAGUUGUCAUCCAACUGGACGUCUUUAUGGUGUACAGGGGACGUGAAAAUUUCGUGUGUGUUCAAAACAAAGUAGCGGGAAUCGCGGGAGUUUGGUGUGGCGUGUGCUAAAUGAUUGAAUUAAUUUGAAACGUUCGGAGACAGUUGUUUUGUGCGAGCGUCAGGACGAGAAAAAAAGUGACUUGAAAAUGCCGUGGCUCUACAAAAAGAAGCUCCUGUCGCCGGCACAGUUGAAGAGGCUCACGGAGCACAAGUACUCCUGCACCAGUAUCAGCUUAUUGGAUCCGUUCCUGCAGCCUUGGUGGUGUUGGCUCGUGUCGAAAACGCCACUCUGGCUGGCUCCCAAUUUGAUAACGAUCGUCGGGCUGGCAGUAAACAUCAUAACAACUUUAAUACUAAUUUCGUACAGUCCAGACGGUAAAGUUUUUCCACCGAGAUGGGCGAGCGGUUUGUGCGGACUGGGCUUGCUAAUCUAUCAAAGUUUAGAUGCAAUCGAUGGUAAGCAAGCUCGCCGCACAAAUUCAUCUUCGCCAUUGGGAGAAUUAUUCGAUCACGGCUGCGAUUCAGUAUCAACAAUAUUCGUUGCCCUAUCAGCAUGUAUAUCGUGUCAAUUAGGCGUAUAUCCAAAUUGGAUGUUUUUUCAGUGCUUUUGCGCUAUAAUUUUAUUUUAUUGUGCACAUUGGCAAACAUAUGUAUCAGGGACGCUACGAUUCGGUAAAGUCGAUGUAACUGAAGCCCAAAUUACGAUUGUUGGAAUACACAUGAUCUCAAUGUUUUUUGGACCAGAUAUAUGGCUUGCAAAGAUAAUUGGUAGUCUUGAAUUAUGGACAACAAUGGCUGCAAUGACUAUUGUUUGUGGCUUUUGGUCGUUAUGGCACAUAGGUGCAGUUAUAUUGGCUGGCGGAGUUGGAAAGAAUGGUUCGACAGUAGCAAUACCAAUGAUUGGCUUGACGUGGAAUCAUGUGCCAGUUCUUUCCUUCUCUUUUGGUUACUUUCAAGUGUUUCUCUCGUUUUUGAAUAGUUUUGUCAUUGGUGGAGUCGGAAAAAACGGUUCAACUGUCGCCCUACCAUAUUUGGAGUGGGAUUCUAGAUUGGUUCCACUUUAUUUUGCAUUUGCAGUCGAUAUGAUGUUGGCAUUACGUUAUGUUAAAGUGAUAUUUACUGGUGGCUGUGGUAAAAAUGGAUCAACCGUUGCAGGGACAAGCGUCCUAUCACCGAUUAUACCUUUAUUUUUGGUAGUAGUUCCGGCAUUUAUAAUUGCGCAGAAAUCUCAAGACCAUAUUUUUGAAGUAUAUCCAUCCUUGUAUAUAAUCACAUUUGGUCUGGUGGCUGCAAAGGUUACGAAUAAAUUGGUGAUUGCACAUAUGACCAGAAGUGAAAUGGAAUACUCGGAUUGGGGUCUUUUAGGACCUUUAUUGUUAUUUUUAAACCAAUAUUUCAACAAUUUCAUCCCAGAAAUUUAUAUAUUAUGGUUCGCAUUCUUUUGGGGACUACAGGAUUUGUGUAGAUAUUGCACUCAGAUUUGCUUGGAAAUAUGCGAACAUCUGAAAAUACAACUUUUCCGGAUACCGUACCCUCCGAAACCACCACUAACUGUAAGCCAAGGAACAAAUGCCCCACCAGUGGAUGGUAACAUUUACUCAUCAUCGCACGACAAAAACGGUACACACGGACAUCAGCAUCGUAAACAAAAUAAACUUAGUAAAAAGCAACAACACGUACACUAGAGACUAACUAAAAUAACGAAUAACAGUAUUUAUUGUAAUUUUAGAAAUUGAAAAGCGCUGUUGAUUCUCUUCUUUCUUUGUUGUUGUUUGGAAUAAUGGAAAAUGAUAAUUUUUUUUGCGAGACACAAAUUAAAAUUUUAUAUCUGAAAAGAUUUAAAAAUAUAUUUAUAUACACAUGAUGUGAAGACAUACAUUCAAGGGAAAAUAUGAGACGUUCAGGGUGCCCACUUGUACAUGUAUAUUUUUUUUUUGGUUCUCAUUCUAGCUUCGUUUUAAGUUACCGUGUAUUGAGAGAGUCGCUCGACUUUCUAAGGACUGAAUUAAGACUUUUUUUGUUCAGAUGAUUGAAAUGAUAUGCCAGAAGAAAGCUUGCCGGUAAUAAACGUCCGUUGAAGGUUGUCCAAAAGAAUAUAACAUGGGGUUGCGGACAUUGUUUCAUACUUGAAGAUGUUUGGUCCUAUUUUCAUCCUAUGGAUUGUAGGAGGUUAAUUCUAAGGAGAUUUCUGUAUUGAAUUAAUACUUUGGAGAUUCUUUUCGUUUAGGUUUUUAAGGAUCUAUCCAGAAACUCUCAUCUGUGGCUCACUAAUAAAUAAAGCACUUCAUUGUUAACAGUUUUAUGUUAUUUGUUACAACUGAUGCCAAUGUGAAAUAGAAAUUAAAAUUUUAGUUUUGAACCUGUUUUGGCAAAAUUGAAGUUGGCAUAGUUUUGGUUCAAAUUUGCGAAGAGGUUUUCUAUAUUUGGUGAUUUAAAUUUUGUGGAAUCAAUAUAUUUGUAUCAGAGAAUUUCAUACUUCAUUUUCUUCGUUUUAUUAUUAUUUAAAUCAAAGAACAACAUCUUGACGCAAAUUUCCCUUUUUGCGUUCUACUAUUGCUUAAGAAGUACGAACUACUUAUUUUUGUUACGAUAGCAUGCACAAUAUUUCGACAAGAAGAACGAAACGUAAUUACUGGCUUUAAAAGACAGUAGUAGUGCAGGCGUUUCAAUAAACGCUUACCAAAUUUAAGUUCCAAAUUUCCUUCGAAUAGUUUUUUCCCUUGUGAUAAUUUGUAAAGGGUAAAACUGUUGAACUGAAAAUAAGACAGCUGAUUUAGUGAAUCUUAGAAUGAGUCAUCGUUAAGAGGAAUAAUAAGCUAUUGUUUCGCAUAAAAUAAAAAAAAAUAAAUUGUUCAAUUUAACUCAUAUUGAAAAUUAGUUAACAUGGAAAUGUGAUGUGACUUAUCGCUCUAUCCAUAUUUGUAACGUUUGGUCUUAAAAGAAAGAAAAUUGAAAAUGCAGACAUAGUUUUCACGAAAAAAAAGAAUUGAUAAAGUAACUCAGAGGAAUGAAUUUUACACGGACUGGCUAAAUAACAUUGGUAUGCCUUCCAUAUCCAUUUUUAAGAAAAAGCGAUAGUUAUAGCAUCGAAACCCUGACUGGAAUAAUCAUCAUAGCCUUCAAAGCUUACCAGCUAAAAAAUCCAAACUGAACAGCAUAAAAAUGUAUUGCAAAGUCGAUUAGCAUAUUGCCUCCGAUUCAUUUCUACGAUGUGUGUAACAAACCAUAACUAGCCAAAUUAAACAAUAAGCUUCAUCCCAAAUAUAUUUACUUGGAUAAAACAAAAAAUAGUUAUAACAAUUUUCUACCUUCAGUGCGUGCGCCGUCGAGUUUUUGCGCAUUUCAUUUGCUAUGAUCCAAAUAGAUAGACCACUACAAAAAGAUACUAUUUCAUAUUGAGUGUAAAAUACGUUAAUGUAAAUAUUACCUAUAAUACUACAUUGCUACUGUAGAAGCAUAGUAAGAAAAUGAAGAGUUAGUCAUUGUCGUUCAAUAUACGCAUACAUACUAUAUUUUUGUGAUUGUCUAACGAAGAAACCAAUGUUAGUCGACGAUGUCGUGAAACAAUACUGCUGUAGGUGUAGUGAUAUAGUAUAUUCAAGAUGUUUUUAGAAGCAAGAAGAAUAAAUAAAUGUUUGUAAUAAUAUUGAAAUCGAAGUGAAUAAAGACCUCGUAUGGAAAAUUUUUGAAUGGAUAUUACAAUAAA